AUGGACCGACGACUCCUGAAAGCAGCCGCAUCUGGUGAUUCCACAUCAAUGGAGGAGAUGGCUUCGCAAGAUCAAAGCAUUCUUCAUGGGAAAACUCCGCAAGGGAACACCUGCCUCCACAUAUCCUCCAUCCAUGGCCACCAGGUAUUUUGCACGGAUGCGGUGGCACUGGAGGAAUCACUCCUUGCCACUGUAAAUUUGGAUGGGGAGACGCCUCUUCUCACUGCCAUUACACGUGGCUGGGUCUCAUUGGCUUCUGUCUUGCUCCGAUGCUGCCGUUCACGGCGGUUGAGUGAGGCAAUCCUGCAACAAGACACGCAUGGAUGCAAUGCACUGCACUAUGCCAUUCGCAGCGGUCACAGGGAGCUUGCGCUGGAGUUGAUAGCAGCAGAGCCUGAUCUGUCGAAGCACGUGACCAAGUUCAAUGACUCACCCAUGUACAUCGCGGCAAAGAGAAAUUUUGCAGAUGUUUUCGAGGAACUCUUGAAUAUUCCAGAUUCUAGUCAUGCGGGACGGUGUGACAACAAUGCUUUGCAUGCCGCAGCUACAAAUGGGAAUGGAGACAUCGCUACAAAAAUCAUGAGGAUGCGACCUGAAAUGGCCAGAGCAGCUAACAAGUACGGCAAUACACCAGCAAGAUUGGUUGUACUUUAUAACAAGGUUGACAUGCUACGAGUAUUGCUAGAACAUGAUUGUUCUUUAGGGUAUGAAGUGAGCACAAAAGGUUUUUCCCUGCUUCAUGCUGCCGCAUAUCGAGGUCAUAUUGAUGUUGCUAGAGAGAUUCUUAAACAUUGUCCCGAUGCUCCUUAUUGUCAAGUAGAUAACCAAGAUGGUUUGACACUCCUACAUACAACUAUAACCAACAAUCAUGCAGAGUUUGCUGACUUUAUCCUGAGGACACCGCAACUUCGCAAAGUCAUUAACAUGCAAGACAACCAAGGAAAAACCCCUCUACAUUAUGCAGUCCAAAGUUGCAAUCCUAAAAUAGUCGCUGCCUUACUGUCUCAUGAGGAUAUAGAUGUAACAAUGAUCGACAACAAUGGUGAUCCAGCAACUUGGGAACUGUGGAAAGUCAUACAGAAUGCCAAGACAUUAAACUGGAAUGAAGUGUGCAUGCUUAUGCUAAAAGCAAAUCCUCAACAUACUGGAUCUAUUUAUAAUCUUCAUCGGAAAGCCAAGCAAGAGGCGACUAAUGCAUCAAGGAAGGAUGCAAAAUCACUAACUCAAAUAUACACAACCAACACUUCGUUAGUAGCAAUCCUCAUUACAACAAUCGCCUUUGCUGCCGCUUUCACCCUACCUGGAGGAUACAGCAAUGGCGCUGGAAGCGAGGGACUUCCCGUCAUGUCUCGCAAGGUUGCAUUUCAGGCAUUCUUGAUCUCUGACACCUUAGCGAUGUGCUCUUCAUUUGCUGUCGCCUUCAUAUGCAUCAUGGCAAGGUGGGAGGAUUAUGAGUUCUUGGUUUACUAUAGAUCCUUUACUAAGAAGCUCAUGUGGUUUGCAUAUGUGGCAACUACCACAGCCUUUUCAACUGGUUUAUAUACGGUGUUGCCCCCACAUCUCCACUGGUUGGCCAUUGCAAUUUGCAUUACAGUAGCUUUGUUGCCCAUUCUCACGAAGCUGCUGGGCGAAUGGCCUGUCUUGAGGCUUAGAUUUCGGCUCGGAAAAACUUUCAACUCUGAUCUCCUUGACAUUGUGUGA